AUGGCGGGUCCUGUGGACGAGGUCAACGCUUUGCUGAAGCAGAUGGCAGUCGAGAAGGUCGCCGAAGAUGUGUUCAUUUCCAAGGAACCCCCGGCCCGCAUGGGAAAUAAGAAAUCAAUUGCUUACGGCGGUUGCACGAGAGCCUUCGCCAUGAAUGCUGCCAGCCAGACCGUGAAGACGGGGUUUAAUCUCUACUCUUGCCUCGGAUUCUUCCUGGGCCCGGCCAGGAUUGACCGGUCGGUCAAAUGCACUGUUUACAGAAUUCGAGAGACCAAGUCUUUUGCUACUCGACGAGUAGUCGUAUCGCAAACCUUGCCUGACGGUUCGGAGCGGAGAUGUCUCGAGGUCACCGCUGAUUUUCAGGCUACCGAACCUGCUGCAUUCAUGGUGUUCCAACCAGCACCUCUUCGCCAGUAUCAGAUGCCGCCGCAGGUACAAUCCAAGUCAGAGGCACGCGAUCACUUUAUUGCUGGUGGGAUGGCGACGGAACAUUCGGGCACUCGUCUCGAUGACAUGUUCAUUCUAAUGAGCCGAUGCUGGGAACAAAAGCCAUGUCCCGAAGGCGUUUCCGGCCAGAACUUGCUUGGCUUCGCAAAGCAUCUCACCACCGAUCAAGACCAUCUGCCGAUUGUUGACAAAGUCUCUGCCGAGUGGUAUCGCGCCAAAGGUGACUUACCUACCACUGCCGACCAAGUCUCCGCUCUGGCAUUCAACAUGGACGGUGGCCUGGCCUUCAUACCACUGAUCCAUGAUCACAAGUACCUCGAAGACGUUGGCGCUUGCUCAUCACUCGACUUUGCAUUGCGCGUCUUUUCCAACAGUUUCGACCUUACCAAGUGGCACCUCAAGGAGCGGAAAGCUAUCGCGGGCGAGGGUGGCCGCACUUAUUCUGAAGCCCGCUUGUUUGAUGAGGCUGGCAACCUGGUCGCUAUCGAAUCCCAGCAAUCAAUCAUGAGACCUCCACCAACAAAGCAAACGGUGAAGUUAUAG